AUGAAAGCAGUGCCUGAGAUCUCUGCCCUCGUCGAGGCCCUCGUCACUCGUUUCGCAGGGACCAAGGACCGCGGAAGCUUGGCCCGCGCAUUGUCGAACUCGGCGAAAUUGCGUUCAGCCUUCUCUGCGGAAAUCAUGAAGGAUUUGAACGUGAUCCAGGAGUUGUGCGGGGCCUCGACUUCGUCCGCGGCCGCGUCCUCGUCUUGGUCCUUCGCCGCGCAGAGAUGGGACAGCAUGUUGCAGGUUCUGUGCCUGUGCAGCAUGCGGAUUUCUGAGAUCCUUGACUUUCUCUGCAAAACUGCUCGCAGCAAGCUCGACAAGGAGAAUGCUGCCUGGGCGAAGCGCAUGCUGGACUUCUUCACCUUGGAGAACAUCGUGCACAUGGCCCUCGUCACUGAGUUCCUGGAGGCCUGCAAGCCAUAUGUCCACAAGAUGGACAACAAGGGCGGGAGCGUGAAGUCCAGCUCAGCUUCGCGGCAGUGCUCCCGGCCCUCGAGGAUCAGCCAGCAUGGUAUGGCUGCAGCCAGUCUUCGAGACAAGUUGGCACAGCUGUUCUCGUUUCAGUACAAGGGUCAGCCACACCGUCCUCUCGUCCUCGAUGCCCGCUUCACAGCUGGGUACUUGCAGAUUGUGACAGCCGCCCUCGGCCUAGGCAAGCGAACCUUCUCCGUCAUCGAGAGCGGAGAACUGGUUUAUCGUCUUCCAGGUGAGGGCGUGGACAUGGACAAAAUUACAGCAAAGUGCCUGGGGCCAGUCUGGUGUGCAAGAGAUCUAUUCUUGGAAGGCGUAAUGACUGAGAACGAAAGUGCCCUCGCUUCUUCGUUCUCCGCCUUCGACCUCGCCUAUUGGCAGAGCCAGCAUCGAGAUGACGAAGCCCUGUGGCCUGUUGUCUUGAAGCCCUUGGCAGAUGCCCUCGCCCUCGAUGCACAGAAGUUAUCCGAUGAUAUGGUUGUGGCCCGACCUACCGUCCGCGCCCUCUUGAAGUUCUGGUCUCAGUACAUGGUCUACUGGGGACAAGUAGUCAUGCACUGGGGCAAGAAGCGGCUCCCUGCCCUCGCCCUCGCCGUGAGCUUCUUGCUGUCCGUUUGGGAGAGUACGUGCGAAGUGGAGCAAAGCUUUGCAGUGCAGCGCAUGUUCAGCUCUGAGCGCAAGGCGAGAACCUCGGACGUCCUCGUCCGCGCCCUCUUGAAGGUCCUCGCAGACGGCCCUCGUGCUGAAGACAUCCCCUUCAGACAGUCAGAGGGUGGAGUCUGUGUCUAUGAGAACACCCCCUUUGUGCGGAAGGUGCAGCAGGCCUACCGCAGCCUGUAUGGAGAGGGCAAGCGUGCCGUGUCAAAGUUGCCCAGGCGUGAGGUUGCAGGGACCCGGGUGCGAUCCAAGGGGAGAGCUGCCUUCCUUCGACGCCGAAAUAAUCAGGCAGAAAGCAUCCCCAAUGCCACCGCCCUCGAGGAUGAUGGGGGCAGCACUUCUCUGAAAAAAAAAAAAAAAACGACAGAGAAGUCUCACGACCAAGGCACGAAGCGCAAGGCCUACUGCAGCCUUCUCAGCAGCCUCGCGACCAAGGCAAAGCAGAAGCGCAAGGUCCUCGACGCCCUCCUCCUCGGUCCUGGCAACGACCUCGAGGCACAGGAGAAGCUGAGAAUUCAGAGGGAAACCCAGGACCAGGAAGCGCUUCCGCUGGAGCGGGUCGACUUGCAGAAGGCGAUCCAGCACAAGCUGUUUCUGCAGCACGAGCUUACAGCCAUCGUGUUGUGUGGUGGCCGGCCCUCGUCCUCGCAGGACAAGAUCCUGUCGAGGCUGAAGGCGAAGCUCUUCCUGUUCGAGGCUUCCAAUGCCAAGGGUCUGCUGCGGCAGCUGUCGCCCAAGUACAAGUACGUUAUUUGGGUAGCAUCAACGGCAGAUGCUGAGACGGCGUUGAUCCAGGGCAAGGCCAAGCACAACAUCAGCAUGACCGAGGUCGUCAUGACCCGUUUGCUGGGAGGAUACUUGGCUGGGCCCGAGUGGAUGGCAGCUUGUUUUGACACAGACCACCAGCUGGUAAUGCCAGUCCUCUCCCUAGACCCCGCCCUCGAACGAAGCAUGGAACUCGUCCUCGGUGACAGCGUGACCUACAAGAGCGACGCCUUGCUGGUGAUCUCCUUGGCCAGCUGUGCGAACCGCUGGACAGUACGGGCGAAGAGAUCUGAACUGAGGAAGAAGCGUUCCUGGGUGGUCGUCGGCGACACGCACAAGGUCUCGGUUGCGUUCAAGAACAAGGGAGUCGUGGUGACUGAGUCCAACUUCCUGGUGCACUUGAGCAAGCCGCUCUGA